AGCUUGCAAGUUCCACAUUUUUCCUGUAAAUUACAGGUCUCUCACUCUCUCCUCAGGUUCUGAAAUGGGUAUUCGUUUGCCUGCCGUGAUCUCCAGCGCCAUGCAGAGUCUGAAGAAGCAGCCUUUCCAAGGCAGAAACCAAUCUGGUGUACCUAAAGGGCACGUAGCAGUUUAUGUUGGUGAAUUCCAGUGGAAGAGGUUCAUUGUUCCAAUAUCCUAUUUGAACCAUCCUUGCUUCCAGGAUUUGCUUAACCAAGCUGAAGAAGAAUUUGGGUUCAAUCAUCCUAUGGGUGCUAUAACAAUUCCUUGCAAAGAAGAUGAGUUUAUUGAUCUCACUUCUAGGUUUCUUGCCUUGUGAAGCUUCAUGAAACAAAAGAAGAUUCACCAAGAGCAAUUCUGCCAUUUUUUGACAAGAUAUUCAUCUUUUUUUGUUGUUUUCUGAUUUCCAACCCAUCCCCCUUUUUCCCUCCUAGGUCACAUACAGGAGGAUUGUGAAGUAUACAUAUUUACAUUUUCCCACGUACAAGUGGAUGAAGCAAUUUUCUUUUGUUUCUUUUUAGUGAAUCAUAUGUCUCUCUCACAUCAAUAUUUCGUACGAAGAUUUUCUUGGAAACUCUAUCUAAACUCCAUUGAAGGUAUAUCAAGUGCAGCGGUCAUCAG